AUGGCCGUCCAUAUGCGCAAGCAGCCCGGCCAACUCACUGUCGUGAUAAAACUCGGAACCUCAUCCAUAGUCGACGAAAAAACGCACCAACCCCUCCUCUCUAUCCUCUCCCUCAUCGUCGAAACAGCAUGUAGUCUGCGCACCGCUGGCCACCGUGUCGUGAUUGUGUCCUCGGGCGCCAUUGGUGUCGGCUUGCGACGCAUGAACCUUCCCCGCCGCCCAAAACACCUCCCACAAGUCCAGGCGCUUGCUGCUAUCGGUCAGAGUAGACUGAUGUCCUUAUGGGAUCAGCUGUUUGGCAACCUAGAGCAGCCGAUUGCUCAGGUGCUACUGACACGGAACGACAUUGCGGAUCGGACACAGUACCAAAAUGCGCAGAAUACCUUUAUUGAGCUGCUAAGCAUGGGCGUCAUUCCUAUUGUGAACGAGAACGAUACUUUGGCCGUUACUGAAAUCAAGUUUGGUGACAACGACACGCUGAGUGCCAUUACUGCGGGCAUGGUUCAGGCGGAUUACCUCUUCCUUAUGACGGAUGUGGACUGUCUGUACGACAAGAACCCGCGCACAAAUCCAGAUGCAAAGUCCAUCGCUGUCGUGGAAGAUAUUGCGGAGCUGGCAGCGGAUGUAAGCUCGGCUGGUAGUUCAUUAGGAACGGGCGGUAUGAGCACAAAGAUUGUAGCAGCAAGGCUAGCGACGAGUGCAGGCGUUACGACAGUCAUCACGAAGAGUAGUAAACCAGGCAAUAUCUCGGGCAUUAUUGCUCAUGCGGAGAAACAAAGAAAGGCAAGGAUGUCAAGUCGGAACUCAGUCACCAACUUUCAAGACGAAGGCGCACCAUUUGCUCAAGCAGCAUCGCAGGCCUCAAACCACGAUCUCUCCACAUCCACGGCCUCACUAGGCGACCAACAACUCGCUGGCAUCGCAUCCCCACAACCAGAAGAGCCGGUGCCCCUACAUACCCGUUUCCUCCCAAUAUCCAACCCCAUCCGAGACCGUUACUUCUGGAUUUUACACGGUCUCGCGCCCCACGGGACAAUAUACAUCGACCAAGGUGCUUGGGCGGCGCUAAGCGACAAAGCUGGUCUCCUACCCGUCGGCAUCGUAGAAGUAGAUGGCCACUUCGCCCAACAAGAAGCCGUACGCAUCGUCGUCGUCAAACGUCUAUCCAACCCCCCACACUCCCCCAAACCAUCACAAACAUCAACCACACCGCAACCGCCCACGACACCAGGCGCCCUAGCCCACGGCGUUCACGCCCCGAUUCCAAUCCGACAUCCCCUCACACACUCGUCGGCUUUAUCGUACUCGAUGAACUCCUCGCAGACACUGCAGCAACCGCCGAACUUUGAACUGCACAACCCGGCACCAAUUGAGAUUGGACGAGCAGUGGUCAACUACUCAGCUACUGAGAUUAGGCGGAUCAAGGGCCUACAUUCGACGCAGAUUAGUGAGGCGUUGGGAUAUGCCGAUAGUGAGUAUGUGGCAUUGAGGGAGAACAUUGCUUUCUUUGGAAGCGAGAGGAGUAGGCCUAGCACACCUGAUUUCAGGAACGGGGAGAGGCGGGGUGAGGCGGUUGACGCGCAUUGA